CUGGGGCAACUUCAAGCAGAUAAACCCAUAUUGGUUCUAUUUCAUUCGCAUGUGAUUUGUAAUUCUAAACCUCAAAAGACAAUUUCAAGGUGUGAAUGUCAAUGACUUGGUCACCGAUAAGAACAUACGAACACCUGAGGCUAUCCAACAUCCAGCAACAGUUGACCUUCAUGCGUUACUAUCUCCAAGCCACCAACCUUCUCCGCAUUCUGCGCAUUUUGUCCACCUUCACACAGAGGCGACGCAUACCGCAACACGCAUCGUUCAGAACCGGAAACAGCAUAAUCCUCAAGUCUUCCAUGCCUACGAUCCCCUUUCUGGGUAGCUUCUUUGGUUCAUCUUCCUCGUCAUCAUCCCAAAAAAUGCCCGAGAACUAUCCCGUUCAAAAGUCCGCCGAUGAGUGGCGUGCGGUUCUCAGCCCUCAACAGUUCCGCAUCCUCCGCGAGAAGGGCACAGAACCUGCCGGCACUGGCAAGUUCGACAAGCACUACCCCUCCGCAGGCGUCUACACCUGCGCCGGGUGCCACGCGCCCCUGUACAAGGCCUCGCACAAGUUCAACUCAGGCUGCGGCUGGCCGGCCUACUUCGACAGCAUUCCCGGGGCCGUGACGCGGCACGAGGAUCGCACCUUCGGCAUGACGCGGACCGAGAUCGUUUGCAGCAACUGCGGCGGACACUUGGGCCACGUCUUCAAGGGCGAAGGGUUCAAUACGCCGACGGACGAGCGUCAUUGUGUGAACAGUAUUUCUUUGUCAUUCAGUGAGGAGGAUUCGGCUGCUGAGAAGAAGGGGGACGGGGAGCGUAAGUGAGGUGAGGUAAGGUCUGAGUGAUCGAGAUAGUUUAUGUAUGUAUGUAGGUAGUGGAGAAAAGACAUUAGAUUGCAUUCAAA